UCUGCUGCUCACGUUCGUUGCCACCAACGCUUGGCCUCACUUCAUCCUCACAGCCACAUUCUUCUCUUCCUAGAGUUUCUUGCUUUCUUUUGACUGCCAGCACAUUUGCUCAUUCUUCGUCACUCGUUUUGCUUGCUGAAGAGCGAAGAUUCUUUUCUUUCUGUUUUAAUGUCAAAUUCGUUGUGUUUCACCCCUCUCAUAUCUUUCAAACCCACUAAUAAGCCAGGCAUUACACUUGGCCGGUGCAAUGGUAGAAAGGUCCAGUGGAUGAAUGAUGUGACUCAUAGCUCUAAAAAUGCUGCUAAUUUGCAAAAUUUAGAGGUCAAGGCAGCAGGCAGUGACCAAAGGACCAAACCAAAUAGCAUCGUCUGUGCUGAAUGUGAUGGAAAUGGUGCUGUUUCAUGUAAGCAAUGCAAAGGUUCAGGAGUCAACUCUGUUGAUCACUUCAAUGGACAAUUCAAGGCUGGUGGAUUAUGUUGGCUUUGCAGAGGUAAAAAGCAGAUUUUGUGCGGCAACUGUAAUGGUGCUGGCUUUAUUGGCGGAAUCAUGAGCACUAUCGACGAUUAGUGUUUUCCAGUCAUUGGUCUUAAAGUGUUAGAUGCCUCCUGUUGGUGGAGAAGAAAGAAAAGCCUCCAACCAAAAUAUUUGGUUUUGACUAAAACAAUAUGCUGUUUUUUUUUUUUUUCAUUUGAUUGUUCAUAUACACUGAUAGCAGCGGGUUAAAAAGUCUGAAUGUCUUAUAAUAAGACUUCAAGAGGUAAACAUCUGUUAAACGCGCCAGGUAGGGGUCGAACCUACGACUUUCUGCUUAGGAAACAGACGCUCUAUCCACUGAGCUACAGGCGCGUUGGGUGCCCGUUCAAUGA